UUGACUUCUUGUCUUUAUUACAUAGUUUUCUUUGUUAAUUUCAAGUUCAACUCCAUUUACUCAUAUUCAAACUUUCUUGAAUAAAAGAAAAAGUAGUUCAAAGGUAUAUUUGUUUACUUGCAUGUGUAUCGCGUCAGUAUCUAGUGAAUGACCUUAACGAUCGUUUUAGAAGUAGAGCUUUACUAGCCUGACGACUCAAAGCAAGGUCGAAAUCCAUCCCUCUUUUAAAACUGAUUAAUUAACGACCCCCCAUAUCCACAGCUGUAAAGGAAUCUUUUUUCUCAAGAUUACGGAAUAUGUUUCAUCUCAAAAAGAAGAAAGACGAGAAGACGACAACAACAACAGCAACAACAACCACCACUACUAGUACUAGUAACAACGGAGAGUUAGAGAGGGUAUUUACGUACUUUGAUGAGAACGGAGAUGGGAAGGUGUCACCGAUGGAGCUAAGGAGAUGCAUGAAGGCGGUAGGAGGUGAGAUAACGGUGGAGGAGGCGGAGAUGGUGGUGAGGCUAUCGGAUUCAGAUGGGGACGGGUUGUUAGGGUUUGAGGAUUUUACGAAGUUAAUGGAAGGAAUGGAAGAAGAGAGGAAUAAAGAGAGUGAGUUGAUGGGAGCAUUUGGAAUGUAUGAAAUGGAAGGAUACAUUACUCCUAAGAGCUUGAAGAUGAUGUUGAGUCGACUCGGCGAGUCAACCUCCAUUGAUAAAUGCAAGGUUAUGAUAAGGAGAUUUGAUAUCAAUGGAGAUGGAGUUCUUAGCUUUGAUGAGUUUAUAAUUAUGAUGACAAGUUAGAAGAUUCUAGUGAUAAAAUAAUUCAUUGAGAAUUUUUCAUUUCAUAUUUGUAAAGUCCAUAUAUUAUGAAUUGGAGCAUGUUUUACUUCUUUAUUUAUUAAA